AUGCCACCAAGUGAUUCUCAUUUAUAUUAUGAAGCGCUCUGCAAAAACCAAAGGAGGGGAAAAAGAGUCGGCAUAUAUAAGCUUGAAAAUGAACUCAAAAGGGAAAUGGACCAUUUGAAACUUAUACUGGAUCAUAUUGAUAGUCAAAAAUCAAAAUUGAAAACUGAGGAAGCCGUUUUACUCGCAAUGCUUGGUAAUAAUAGCGAUAUAACUUCCGAAGAAACGUCGUCUCCCUUAUGUUUUACUGAUUUAAAUAUGGAAUCAGGGCUUAAUUUAAUCGGAAUGUCAACCGCAGCGAACAAUGAUAUUUCAGUGGAAUCAAUGAAUUCAUUUGUAGUUCCCGAAGUUCAUUCUGCUUCUUAUCAAAAUUCACCUAGAUCUUAUGAUAUUCGGUCUUCAGAACCGUGCGGGUUGUAUUCACCAACUAUGCCAAUUUUUGAUGUUCCGGAAGUACCUGAAUUCUCUUCGUUGGAACUACCUGACGUUGGAUCAUCUAAUUUAUUUGAUCUACAAGGAGAACAUAUAAACCAUAAAUCAAUAGAUUUAGAUAUUGCCAAUGCGUUGUCUAUCUUAGAAAAUAUGUCUGAUUGUGAGGCGGAAGAUGUUGAACAGAAUGCACAUUCACCACAAUCAACACAAUCAAUAGAAGAAUCAUGGAAAGAUCCAACACAACAAUCAUCUACUUAUAGUAGUGAUGGAGAUCAUGAGAUUGGUUAG